AUGGGAAAGCUUAUCAAGAACCACUGGGCGAGGCUCAUCAUCCUGGCCUCGGCAACUUACCAGAUUGCCGCUGCGAUAGAAGGGUACUUCUGGCCCAAGAUCCUGUGGGACUUCCUCACCAAGACCCUCGACGGUGCCGUCAAGCCGAUACCAGUCCUCCAGACCAUCAACCUCAUCUGCGGCCUUUUCCUUCUUGCGUGGGAGUGGCCCCUCAACUUCAUCGCCGGCACCAGCAUCCACCGCAGUCUCGAAGCCCGUCUCGCAUUCCUUCCUCUUUCCGCACUCGCCGCCGCCCUGCUGUACCAAGGUGCCAACGCUGCGAUUUAUCAGGUGAUUGGACUGGGGGUGUAUUUCUGGGCGUACAGUGAAGGAGAGAUCAUCUGCGCAAAGCCAUGGACACUACCACAACGAGGCGGAAAGGGAAGCAGGGCAUAA